AUGCCCUUCACUGCUGGGUUUCUGAUGCCCCUUCGUCCUCUUGUGCCGGGCUUCUCACUGUCCUGCUACAGUAAAUCUUUCUCUCUUUCAGUGUUCCAUUGGCAAGCUACAAUAAUGGGACCAAAUGACAGUCCCUAUCAAGGUGGAGUAUUUUUCUUGACAAUUCACUUCCCAACAGAUUAUCCCUUCAAACCACCUAAGGUUGCAUUUACAACACGAAUCUAUCAUCCAAAUAUUAACAGUAAUGGCAGCAUUUGUCUUGAUAUUCUACGAUCACAGUGGUCCCCAGCACUAACUAUUUCAAAAGUACUUUUGUCCAUCUGUUCUCUGUUGUGUGAUCCCAAUCCAGAUGAUCCUUUAGUGCCUGAGAUUGCACGGAUCUACAAAACAGAUAGAGAAAAGUACAACAGAAUAGCUCGGGAAUGGACUCAGAAGUAUGCGAUGUAAUUAAAGAAAUUAUUGGAUAACCUCUACAAAUAAAGAUAGGGGAACUCUGAAAGAGAAAGUCCUUUUGAUUUCCAUUUGACUGCUUUCUAUGAGCCCACGCCUCAUCUUCCCCUGUGCACAUGUUUACCUGAUACAGCAGUGCUGCGUGUUGUACAUACUUGGAACAACAAAAUAGAAAUACUGUAUUUCCCCGUACCAACGUUGACUCCUAGCCAGAGAAGUGUGUGUGUGAAAAGCUGGUUCUUCAGUCAUAACUUUGUGAGCCUAAAAGCAUUCCUUACUGAUUUAAAUUGGGUAAUAAAAUGUGAAUGGGAGAGUUAUGGUGGAUUUCAUAUUUCUAGGGACGGUGUUGCUGGUCCGUGACAGAUUUUAAGUGGAAUCCUUUUAAACUCAUAACAGUUAUGAAAAGCAAGGUGAAGAACUUGAAGCUGUUUCUGUAUUCAUUUUAUUCUGAAGGACCUACACCUUAGGUAAAUGGUAUGACCAAUGAGAUAAACUGUACCCACAUCCUGUGUUUAAGGUCUAAGUUAAACCGGUCAACAUUUAAAUGGAUUGGAGCUAUUAGUGCAUCAAGUGAUGUUGAUUUGUUUCAACUCUCUCCCCUCCUUCAUACUUUUUUGGUUUGUAUGUGGUUUCUCAGUUAAUACAUAGCUAAUAGCUCUUAUUUUUCUUAAGUUUUUUAACUGCUUAGGUCUUUCUGGAUGUAAGGGUAAAAAUCCAUUUGACAGAAAACUUGUGUAUAUUUAAAGACCCAACUGCUCCCCUGGAGCUUGUACGUUCAAGAAUGAUUAAUCUGUGUAAUAAACUGAUUACUACAGUCAUUACAUAUAACUUUGUGUGAAUAGGCUUUUAAUUUUAAGAGCAGUUUGUUACAGGCUAAAACUAAUGGUGGAUUUCUCUAAAACUUUUUGCAUUCACGAAUGGUUGCAUUUGGAAGUCAUGAAGCAGUUUGAUUUGCAUCACACAAGGCUAUGCACCUGAACAAGACAAACAUAAGCUUAAGCACUUACAUGAAAUCCGGAUGUGUAGUGUGCCAGGAACUUGACUGUUAAACCAAAUAAGCAGUUUACUAAAUGAGAAUCUGAGUGACAUAUUACAAAGCCUGAAGGUAUUAUUCCCACUUGCAUGGGACCUAACACAAUGCAUAUGUACUGUAGGUAAGUGAAACCUUAUGUAACUAAAAUAAUGGAUGUAAAAGGGUAAAAAAAAAAAACCUACCAAACACAUCAGCACAAACUUUCAUAAAAAUGUAGCUUUUACAUAAUUACUUUGCACUAAACAUUUGCAAAUGUUCAUACAGUUUUAAAUUGUACUUGUGUCUUUUUUUGAACAAAGUCUUCACUUGAAUAUAGUGGAAAAAUGUAGUUUGAAACUUUUCUUUGUAUACAAGUGUAUUUGCCAGCAUUGUUGGUGUGAAAUAGGUGAGUCUGCAAGUUUAUCUCCUCUUAGAAUUGUAAACAAAGCCAUCAACUAUGAAGGAGAGGCUGUAGCCUCCAGCUCUCCAGCCACAGGGGUCUGUCCCAUCCAUUUUCAAAUGCAUCUUUACACUCUUGCACAAAUGAGGAAUAAAUGUCCACUGCUUUUGGUCUAAA